CCGCGGCGGCGGCGGCGGCGGCAGCGGCGGAUCCGGACGCGACGCGGGAUGGAGACAGACGAGCAGGGCUGCGUGCGCGCGUGGUGGCACAUGGUCGCGUGGAACCUGAGAUCUUUCCCAUACUCCUGUUCAACACUCAGAAGAAAAAUUGCCACUCUGUGUGACAGCUUUACAAGUAAAUCAUUAAAAGAACAUAUCUUCCCUCCUCUGAUGCACAUGUUGAUUUUUUUCAACUUUUUCAAAGCACCAUUUCUUGUGGAUUUAAAGAAACCAGAGUUAAAGAUUCCUCACACAGUGAACUUCUACAUCAAAGUUGAACCUAGGAUUCUGGGAAUCUGGCACACAGUUUCUAGCUGCCGGGGGGAGGAUGCUAAGGGGAAGGGCCGUAGCUGCUAUGAAGCAGCCCUCCAUGACGGCAACCCAAUUAUUGUUUAUCUUCAUGGCAGUGCAGAACACAAGUCAGCUCUACAAAGACUUGAGCUAGUAAAGGUGCUGAGUGAUGGUGGUUUUCAUGUCUUGUCUGUUGAUUACAGAGGGUUCGGGGACUCGACGGGUAAACCCACGGAGGAUGGGCUGACGGUGGAUGCUGUUUGUGUCUAUGAGUGGACCGCGGGGAGAAAUGGUACCAGCCCUGUGUGUCUCUGGGGCCACUCUCUGGGAACAGGAGUUGCAACAAACGCUGCAAAAGUUCUAGAAGAGAAAGGAUUUCCAGUUGAUGCUAUUACCCUGGAGGCUCCAUUUACCAACAUAUGGGUUGCAAGUAUCAAUUAUCCCAUGUUAAAGGAGAAGAAAGUCUCUAGAGAAUUCAAGGAAGUUGCUGAAUGGUUUUACACAGCAUCCCAGAUUUACCGGAAACUUCCAGGAUUUUUAAGCACGGUUAUGGAUGCCCUGAGGAAAGACGAACUAGUCUUCCCCAGUGAUGAAAACGUGAAAUUCCUGUCUUCUCCCCUUCUUAUCAUACACGGUGAGGAUGACAAAAUGGUGCCUUUGGAAUUUGGAAAAAAGCUCUAAGAAAUUGCACGCAAUGCAUAUAGGAACAAAGAGAGGGUGAAGAUGGUGAUCUUUCCUCCUGGCCUCCAACACAACUUCCUGUGUAAAAGCGCCACACUGUUAAAAACUGUGAGAGAUUUCCUGAGCCAGCAGUGGGCGUGAGGUCUGAGUACAG